GGCCCCCGCGAUGUCGCGUCGUAGGCCAGCCUCCGGCGGCGCCGCUCCCUGCCGCCCGGCUCCUGCACGGCAAGCGGUUUUGAGCAGGUUCUUCCAGUCCGCGGGGAUCCUGACUUCUGCCACUGCCCCAGCGGGUGCAGCUGCGAAGGCUGACCCGGCUUCUGACUCCACAGCGCCCCUAGCGUCGGCUCUCGCGGCUCAGAGGCCGCCACACGUGGUUGCAAAUGUUGAAAGAAGCAAAAAGAGACCUCAGGACAAUGAUGGUCCUGUUAAAAAGAAAGUGAAAGUUCAAGAAAAGGAAGAAAGGAAUAAUUCAGUGAUGGCUGGGAACCUUGAACCAAAGAAAGGCCCAAGGACCAGGGUUGUUUCAAAGUCUCUGGAAAAGUUGAAAGAAUUCUGCUGUGAUUCUGCACCUCCUCCAAGUAGAGUUCAGACAGAACCUCUUAAGGAGAGAUUUGCAGUUCUUUCAAAAUGUACUGAUUUUGAUGAUAUCACUCUUCUACGUGCAAAGAAUGCAGCUUCUUCUGAAGAUUCCAAAUCUCCUACUAAUCAAAACGAUAAAACACUUUUAGAUCUCAGUCAGUUUGAAUCAGCACAAAGCAGUCAUGAAAACUUACAGAAAACUUGUGAUCCUAAACCACCAAACAAACGGACGAAAAGCGUCUAUACUCCAUUAGAAUUGCAGUACAUGGAAAUGAAGCAGCAGCAGAAAGAUGCAAUUUUGUGUGUGGAAUGCGGAUAUAAGUAUAGAUUCUUUGGAGAAGAUGCAGAGAUUGCAGCCCGGGAACUCAAUAUUUACUGUCAUUUAGACCACAACUUUAUGACAGCCAGCAUACCUACCCACAGAUUAUUUGUUCAUGUACGCCGCCUCGUGGCAAAGGGGUAUAAGGUGGGAGUUGUGAAACAGAUGGAAACAGCUGCAUUAAAGGCCAUGGGGGAUAAUAAAAGUUCCCUCUUUACCCGGAAAUUGACUGCUCUUUAUACAAAAUCUACACUGAUUGGAGAAGAUGUGAAUCCUUUAAUCAAGCUGGAUGAUGCUGUGAAUGUUGAUGAAAUAAUGACAGAUACUUCUACAGGCUUUCUUCUGUGUAUCUGUGAGAAUAAGGAAAAUAUUAAGGAUCAAAAAAAGGGGAACACUCUUAUUGGAAUUGUGGGAGUGCAGCCUGCCACGGGCGAGGUUGUGUUUGACAGUUUCCUGGAUUCGGCUUCCCGCUCAGAGCUGGAAACUCGGAUAGUGUGCCUGCAGCCCGUGGAGCUGCUGCUUCCUGCCUGCCUGUCGGAGCAAACAGAAGCGCUCAUCCGAAGAACCACAGCUGUCAGUGUGCGGGAUGACAGAAUUCGAGUAGAAAGGAUGAAUAACAUGUAUUUCGAGUACAGCCAUGCGUUCCAGGCAGUUACAGAGUUUUAUGCAAAAGAAGCAGUUGACCUUAAAGGUUCUCAGAGUUUUUCUGACAUUGUUAACUUGGAGAAACCUGUGAUUUGCUCUUUGGCUGCCAUAAUAAGAUAUCUCAAAGAAUUUAACUUGGAGAAGAUACUCUCUAAACCCAAGAAUUUUAAACAGCUGUCAGGUGAAAUGGAGUUUCUGACCAUUAAUGGAUCAACAUUAAGAAAUCUGGAAAUUCUGCAAAAUCAGACUGAUAUGAAAACCAGAGGAAGCUUAUUUUGGGUUUUAGACCAUACCAAAACGUCAUUUGGGAGACGGAAGUUAAAGAAGUGGGUGACCCAGCCACUCCGUAGAUUAAGGGAAAUAAAUGUUCGUCUUGAUGCUGUAUCUGAAGUUCUCCAUUCGGAAUCGAGUGUGUUUGGUCAGAUAGAAAAUCAUCUACGGAAACUGCCUGACAUAGAGAGAGGACUCAGUAGCAUCUACCACAAAAAAUGUUCUACCCAAGAGUUCUUCUUGAUUGUCAAAUCCCUUCAUUACAUGAAAUCAGAAUUUCAAGCAUUAAUACCUGCUGUUAAUUCCCAUGUGCAGUCAGACUUGCUCAAGAUGUGCCUUUUAGAAAUCCCUGAAAUCCUUAGUCCAGUGGAACAUUACUUAAAGAUACUGAAUGAACAAGCUGCCAAAACUGGCAAUAAAACUGAAUUAUUCAAAGACCUUUCUGAUUUUCCUUUAAUAAAAAAGAGGAAGGAUGAAAUUAAAGAUGUUACUGACAAGAUCCAAUUGCAUUUGCAAGAAAUUCGGAAAAUACUUAAAAAUCCGUGUGCACAAUAUGUAACAGUAUCAGGACAGGAGUUUAUGAUUGAAAUAAAGAAUUCUGCUUUGUCUUGUAUACCAUCUGAUUGGGUUAAGGUUGGAAGCACAAAAGCUGUGAGUCGCUUUCACUCUCCUUUUAUUGUAGAAAAUUACAGACAUCUGAAUCAGCUCCGGGAGCAGCUAGUCCUUGACUGCAAUGCUGAAUGGCUUGAUUUUCUAGAGGAUUUUGGUGAACAUUAUCUCUCCUUGUGUAAAGCAGUACAUCACCUAGCAACUGUUGACUGUAUCUUCUCCCUGGCCAAGGUCGCUAAGCUGGGAAAUUAUUGCCGACCAGUGGUACAAGAAGAACAGAAGAUAGCCAUAAAGAACGGCCGGCACCCUGUGAUCGAUGUACUGCUGGGAGAACAGGAGCAAUAUGUUCCCAAUAAUACAGAUUUAUCAGGGAACUCAGAGAGAGUAAUGAUAAUCACUGGACCAAACAUGGGUGGAAAGAGCUCCUACAUAAAACAAGUGGCCCUGAUUACUAUCAUGGCUCAAAUUGGCUCUUAUGUUCCUGCAGAAGAAGCAACAAUUGGAAUUGUGGAUGGCAUUUUCACAAGAAUGGGAGCUGCUGAUAAUAUAUAUAAAGGCCGGAGUACAUUUAUGGAAGAACUGACUGAUACAGCAGAAAUAAUAAGAAAAGCAACAUCACAGUCCUUAGUAAUCUUGGAUGAACUGGGCAGAGGAACAAGCACGCAUGAUGGAAUCGCCAUUGCUUAUGCUACACUUGAGUAUUUUAUUAGAGAUGUGAAAUCCUUAACCCUGUUUGUCACACACUAUCCUCCAGUUUGUGAAUUAGAAAACAGUUACUCGGAACAAGUGGGCAAUUAUCACAUGGGAUUCUUGGUCAACGAGGAUGAAAGCAAACACAAUCCAGAUGAAGAAGAAGUCCCUGAUUUUGUCACUUUCCUCUAUCAAAUAACCAGAGGAGUUGCAGCAAGGAGUUAUGGACUGAAUGUGGCUAAACUAGCAGAUGUUCCUGGAGAAAUUUUAAAGAAAGCAGCUAGUAAGUCAAAGGAGCUGGAAGAAUUAGUAAAUACGAAAAGGAGCAAACUAAAGUGUUUUACAGAGAUAUGGAUGACAAAUGACCUAAAAGACCUGCAAAAGUGGACAGAAGAAUUUCCAGUGGAAGGAAUUACAGACUUGUCUUCCUGAUUGGAACAGAGACUAUGUGUUUGAACAAAAGCUGAAGAAUUAAAAUUCCUCUGCAAAACAACUCUCCAGUCACAACCCAUCUUUGUGUGAUAGGAGCAUAAAAUCACAGCUGUGGUAUAUCCCUAACGGGAACCAAAAGACCUUCUAGGAGGAAAGUCUGUCUCAGGUCUCUCUCAUUGUGACUUUUCAACAUAUGAGCAUUUUUUAUAAUAAGGCAUAAUGAUAUCAUUAUUAGAUUUGUUAGAAAAUGUAAUUAUCUCUAUAGAAAAUCUAAACCGUGUAGGUGUCAGGGAUGUAGCUUAUGCUUGGCUGUAUAGCAUUCCUCCUUGGAUAAGGAAAUGAGGUUAAAUAUUUUUAAGUCUGAGGUGGUAGAAUAUAAUUCAUGAACUUUUAAAGAGUGAUAAAAAAAUUUUAAUUCAUAUUUUGGUCUUAAUUCAGAUACUUUUCAACUGGCUGAAAGGCCUAGCAGGAAUAGACUUUUGUUUGAACUCAAAUGAUUUGAUAAUAUUGUCAGUUAAUUCAUCAGGAGCAUAAAUUUUUUUUAUAAGAAAUAGAGAUUAUCAGGGUUUUAGAAAGUAGCCCACAAAAAAGGAGUAAAAUUUCAUGUGAAAAUUCAAAAAGUUAAAUGUCACCACAGUCUUAAAAACGUUAAAGAUUGUUGGAUGAAAUUAUUUGUCAUUCAAGUAAUAAACAUUUUACGCAUGGCUGU